UGUGGUAUUAUGUUAUAUACCUAGAUAGAACCCAUUCCACCAUGAGAACUAGGGGGAGUAGGAUCAUAGCCUAGAACCUUCUAACUCAGCAUGAUUAUCAGGGUGGUGCUUCUCGCCUCUCUAGUGUAUGUACACACCUUUAGUGUACAACAUCUUAAACAAAACUUUGAAGUUUACAACACAACUGACGUUUUUGACUUUGGAACCUCAACCGAGCUGGUUCCCUUCGAUGGGAACAAAAUUCGGGAGAAAAGAGCUCUUGGGACGGAACUGACAAAUAUGACUACUUCAAUGAGUCUCUUGAGUCAGACCGGGGACAUUACAAAUCUUAAGCCUGGUGACUCUAUCAGCUUAAGAGUUGAAGUAGACCUUCCUGGGAUACCUACAGGCUCUCCAAAGGAUAUUACCAUAGAGGUUUUUUCAGCAGACGAAAACCUGGAACCAGUAUUUCAUAUUUACAACCCAAAGGUCUAUUCUAUCGGUUCACAGCUCUUAAUCAAUGACUCAGCAAUACCUGAGCCUAAAAUAGAGUUUGUCUUUAGCCAAGAUAAGCCAACUAUUGUUGAUUUCACAACAUUUGAUGUGGGAAAAGUCGAAACAGGUGGGCAGGAAAAUGGAGCAGAUCUUAACAAAAUCUUAAUUGAUUUUCAUGCAUUUGCGUAUCCAAGUUCUAAACUAAUAACUGGUAACACAUACCAUUUAAUAAGUGGAGUUUAUUUUGAAACAGAGGGCACAAUCUUCAUCAAUGAAAUGUCUUUGAAUGCUAACUUUCCUGAAACAACCUAUGAUGCUACUGGUAAUGUUAUAGAUCCUCCUGCUGAACUUAAAAAAGGAGAAUCUAAGGCAAUUAAAUUAGAUUUAUUCAUAACUCACCCUUCUUCAAAAUUUACUUUACAAGUAUACAGUCCAGAAGGAUUUGAUGAUAAAUUCAAUAUUGGAAAACCAAAAGUGGUCACAGGAGCCUCCUUUCUCCCCCUUGUAUCCACUGACUGGGAGUAUACACCUCUCUAUGUAGAUGAUGAAAAGCAUGUUGGAAAAUUCCUCUUGAGCUACCCAUUGCUCAUGAAUAAGGACUCCAGUAGGACUGUUAGCUUAGCUGACAAUAAGAUGGAAGUUAUAAUACCAGUCACUGCUAUGUUGGGGGAUGAAGCUUUUGGUGAUCAAGCAUUAGCUUUGGGUGUAUUAUUGGAUGACACAGAUGUGUGGGCUGAAAUUAUUACAAUUAAAAUCAUUGACACCAUAUUUACUCCAUUGACUACAGAUCCGAGUGCCUCUGGGGUUCUUUUAAAUGAAUUACCAAUAACCAAUGGCUCAUCUGCAGUAUUCCAAAUCAAUAUUACUGUUCCAGCAGGUUCAGCAGUAGACCUUAAUGCAAUAGAGGCUGCUGGUGCACCAGAUGUAAUGCCCGUUUCAGUAAGAGUCGUUGAUAGAGGAGCAUGUGGAAUGAUUCAUAAGUCUGAGAUAACAUUUUCAGGAAAUACUCUUCAGGCAGCCUUUGGUGUUUGUACUGACGUUGCUUCAGAUUCAACAGAUUUUUUGAUAAAUGUGGCCUAUAAAUACACUGGUAAUGCUGUUGCAGAACAUACGGUGAGUCUUAAAAUUGGGAAUGCUGUUGUUGGUGGUCUAACAUUCAACACAACAGAUACAGCAGCAAGUGGAUCAAUAUCUGCAGUAGGAUCUUCAUUAGGAUUUGUAAACAAUGAAUUGUUUCCUGAUACAGAGCUUGGAAUGAGUGUACUGUUUACAAUACCCCCUGAAUCUGGAAGUUUUGAUAUGUUGGCAAAAUCACUUCCUGACAUAAACAAUGGAAGCACUGCACUGAGACUGUGUAAAGUGGACAUAGUAUCUGUAGGAUUUGGAUUACCUUGCAUGAGUAAACCUGCUACAAGUCCAAUUUACAGCAAAGCUUUACAUGACAAUUUGUAUGAUGAUUCCCUCAGUUGGGAUCUUGGUCAAACCUGCCCAGCACAAAUUUCAAAAUCACUUUCUGAAAACACUUUGAAGAUCAAUUUAUUCUAUUCACUACCCUUUCAAAGUUUUUCCAGUGCAAUUCCCUCUGUAACUCCAGGAUUUGGUAUUGCAGCUGGUGAUGAUUUCCUUUUUGCAUCCAUAUCUUCUAAAAAUGUGUCACUUAGUAAUUUAACAACCUUAGAGACAGGAACCACAUUUCCUGAACUCAGUUUAACAACACCAAUAUUAAAAGCCUACAAUGCUCCCAUAGAGACAAUUGACGUUGGAGGAAUAAGGCAUAUUAGACAUGUAAUGAAGACAAGACCACAAACUAGGGCAUUAUACAAGUUUGAAGCGAUUCCAUUUUCUGAUCUAAACGUUGGUUACAUUUGUAAAAUGAGAGUGAGAAAAAUCGGGAACAAUAUGCCAUGUGCAACAAUUCCAAGUGGUUUUGUGGACAAAAAUUACUUUGAAAAAGUAAAUAUUGAUUAUAAAGAUAAAACAUCCAGUAUUAUCAACUUAGGUCUUCUUACCAACUGGGGGCAAUUACCAAUGCAGGAAGAUCUUUAUGCUGAUGAAAAUGCAGUUGAAAUUGAUGUAUUUUUUAGAUAUGCUACACUAGCUAGUAAUACAACUAAUACAUUUACUGGAAAUGUUUACUGGUCAGAUAUUGACAAAACUUCAACAGAAAUAAGUUAUACUCUUUCUGAUGUUGUUUUGCCUACAGUUGUAAACCUAGACCUUAAUCCAAUGUUUGCCACAGUUUUUGAAAAUGAUACUCUAGAAACAGCAUACUCAGGUGUGCCUAAAGUACUGAGCCUUGUAUUGACAGUUCCUCAAACUUUCAAUGGCCCGGUCACAGUAACUUUUAAAAAUCCUGGUUUCUCUACAAACAACUAUGAUUUUUGUGAUGUUAGGGUAACUCAAGUUGGAUUGAAUACGCCAUGUGUUGACCAAAAAGCACAAUUCGAAUUUUCAACUAAUUUUGAAGAAGUGGAUGGUCAGCCUACAUUCUUUGAAAGUGUGACCAUUGUGAUUGAUAUUCAACAUCAUCUUACCUAUCAGAGUCCUGUAGAAAACCAAGUGCAUAUAGAAUUAACAUUAAAAAUUCCAAAUAAGAUGACAGGAAGUGCACUUGUAGAAGCAACUGUAAAGACAGAUGAUAAUACUGAGACAGUUACCCAGAGUUUCUCAAUAAUUGAGUUUACCCCACCAGUUCAGAAUAUUAACUACAAAGAUUUCAUGAUAUCAAUGGAAAGUGGAGAUAUCAUCUCAGAGGUUCCCGGGGUUAUUCAUACAGGUGAAAAAGUGUGGGUGCCAUUUAAUAUUUCCAUCCCAAGAUUUACAACCAUGCCUCUUGAAGUGGUUGUUUUGACUCCAUCUGUCGAUGGCAGGGCAAUCAUAACAGUUGAAGAUGUCAGGUUCAAACAUUUUCCAUCAAACAUUUGCUGUACUGGAAAUGUAAGUAUAAAGCAUGUUUAUGAUACACUGCUGAAAGCUUCAGAAAAUAUAACAACAUACAUGCAAACAGAUUAUCUAAGAAUUGAUUUUGGAUACAUAAUAAAUGCACAUUAUGCCCUAAGAACUGAGUUGGAAACUCCAAAAGAUAAUGAAAUUGUAAUUGAAGUUCUUGUACAGAUGACUGACCAUCCACUCACAGCAAACGGAAGCAUCCACAAGGUAAACUUGGCUGCUCAAAGUAAUGAUGUCAUAGUUGUAGGAGACCAAUCUCUAACAGUGGCUAGAAGUUUACAAAGAAGCAGUGAGCGAGCACUGAUUCAAAUGAAUAUGACUGUAGUAGAUGUUGAAAAGGAAUUUGCUGCUGGUGAUACUGUUCAAAUGAUUGGCACUAUUUCACAUUCUGAAUUUUCAAGAGCAGAAGGCCAUUCUGUUGUUCGAAUAAAAUUGAUAACACCAGUUUGGCUCACUUAUGACAUCUCAAAAGAUCAAUGCUUAACAAAUUAUACAGAAACUGCAGCUUGUGAUGUAGUUAAGGAAGGAAACACAACCUAUUUUGAAUUUAAAAAUGGAGUAUACUAUAGUUCAUAUAUAAAUAUAAACUUUAGCCUCUCUGUAGAUCCAUUUAACAAAAUCAUUCCAGGACGAGGUAUACUUAACAGUGCUAUUCUAUCCCAAGUAGUGUGUACACAAAGUUCUUUUGAAUUAUUUCCAGCAACUAACGACACUUGGCUUGGGUGUGGACCUUAUACAAAAGCCAAUGUUAAGGUAGUUUCCCCUCCUUGUACUUCACCAAUUACUUUGGAUGAAUGCACCGUUACCGGUAGCUCAGCAUUAGACAAAGGUCAUCACCCUUCUAAUGUUGCAACUGAUACUGAUUCUGUAUGGUCUCCUGCUAUAAGACCAGGUAUGAUCUGGAAAAAUUUUCUAGUGUUUGAUUUCCUGACAAACAUGCAUCUCACUGGCUUAGAGCUUAAAUUGCCCACUUCAAAUUAUGGCCUUCCUACAAAAAUAUCAAUUUUUUCAAGCUCCUCAGGAAAUUUUUGGAAAAAGGAAGUUGACAUGCUUGAUAUUCCUGCAAGUGGGGUAUCAACCUUUCAAACUCCAAUAAAAUCUCGAAUGACAAAGAUAUUGAUAGAAGAAACUGAUGGAACUUUGCCUGUAGGAAUUAAGUUUGUCCAAUGGAGCGGUUGUCCCCGACCUUUAACUGGUCUCGCAACAUGUAGUGCAGACACAACUCCAAUUUCUGACAAUGCUAAACAAUAUCGGCAUUUCAUCUUUGAUCCAACCACGCUGUUCUUGUAUUUCUGUGACAUCAACCCAUACAGGGAAAAAAUGGCUUGCUUCUCCAACAAACAAGGAACUUCAACCUUUACAUCAUUACCAUCAUACAUAACAUACAUAACAGGAUACAGCCCUACAACAGGGAGAACUUAUUUUAAGGAUAAGACCGGAGUUGAUUUGUCCAGUACUAAUGGUAAGCGGAUGGAGAUUUUGGCAGAUGAUGCUAUUACCGUUAUUACAGAUAUAGAACCAGCUUUAGCUGUACCUGGAAAGGAUAGUAGUAUGGCUCCAGUAGUGUCUGGAGAUUAUUCAGCUGAUUACUAUGGUAUUAAGUAUCUAGGAACUGAUAUUGUAAAGUGGUCUUCUUGCUGCAGUACUCCCUAGACAUUUUAAAUCAAGCUUGUAUUUUUCUUUAAUUUUUCAGACCCAGAAACUUUUGUUUUGAUGAAAGGACCUUAAACCUUGGGAACUUUUUUGAUUUUCUCUUCUCUCUCCCGCUUCCCCCACAUUAUUUUGCGCAGGGUUUUAUAAAAACUUUAUCAACCUCUCUUAUGGCCAAUGGCAUAGUAUAUAAGUUAAUCAAAACAAAUUCAAAUAAUAAGUUAAGCUUUUUAAGUCAGAAGUUUUUGUGCUGCUCAAAUCUUUGCUUAACCGACAAAAGUUCCUGGCUCAAAAGAUUUGAAAGGCAUGCUAAAUUAUUAAAAAUAACCAUCGUAUCAUAAAAUUUUUGCUAAAAGGUUUUGUUUCUUAGAAAUAUUAAUUAAAAUCUAUACUCAAGUUAUUCUUAUCCCUAAUGUAUCUACUUUCAAAAACUAAUGGCUAUCUAAGGAUACAAUUUACUUUCUCUCAAAAAUACUAUUAGGUUUUUGCAUUUAACCUACUUUUAAAUAGCAAUAAGACAUUUCUUUAUUUUUUGUAAAAGCAGAAAAUAUGAUAAAUAUUUCGGAAAGGGUAUUGGUUUUAUCUAAAAGUGCUGUCUGAAAGUCAUACUAUACUAAUAAGGCCUGUAAAUUGGAUGUAAAAUACAAGUUAUAAAAUUAAGAUUUUAAAAAAUUGUUUUUUUUCUUUAUUUUGUCUUAUAUUUAGUGAAAAAAAACAAUCCAAUAAA